UUGUCGAAGGAUCCAGGAAGUGUGCCCCCUACAAAGUGCGGCUGAAAGUUUCUACCUCAUGUAAUUUUGAUGAAUAGCGCACUAGUUCAUGAAAUAGUAAGAUAUGACGACACAGCGUUACGUUUCUUGCAUCUUAUGCCAGCGGGCAAGCGUCGUGAGGAGGAUAGCGACGAUAAGGAGUUUGAGCGUAGCCGCAAACCCGCAGUCCAAACCAGAUUUUCUCAAAGGAGAACCACACAAACGACAUCCGGGGCUGACCCACCUCAAAACACUCCGCCUGCCUGAGGAACUCCUGAUGGCCGCCCGCUCAAUUAUCCACAGAUCUCAGGUGGCGCAGCUUCCCGACCGAGCUCGCAAGUUGACCAACUUCCUGUGGAGCAGGAAGCGAGCCACGGAGGACUCGGCCGUGAGGAAGAUGGCGGUGAGUCUGGAGAAGGAACUGUGGGAGAAGGCCAUGGAGAAAGGAGGAGAUUUAGACGAGCAAGCCAUAGCUGACCGCAUCCAGAGGAGGGUGUUGUCUGAGCUCCGCCGGACAUUUUAUCACUGGACUCCUUUGAAGUAUGACGAGGAGCUCGGUGCGGUCUACAUGGCAGCCAAGAUGGCUGGAGGCUACGCUGCCGUGAGGAGGGCUCUCAACGAGAUAAAGAAGCGUGAUCCCACCUUUGCUCCUCAGUCCCUCCUGGAUUUCGGGUCCGGGCUGGGAACGGUGGCCUGGGCAUCCCACGCUUGCUGGUCUGACACACUGAAUGAGCUGGUGUGUGUGGACAGAUCAGGGCCUAUGAACAUUCUGGCAGAACGGCUUCUUAAAGGUGACGACGAACAUGCUGAAACUCACAUCAAACACGUCUACUUCAGACAGUUCCUCCCUGUGUCCCCCAAGGUGCAGUUUGACUUGGUGUCGUCUGCCUUCACGUUGUCGGAAAUUCCCAACGCGCAAGAGCGGCAAGAGGCAGUUGUCACGCUGUGGAGAAAGACUGCCACCUACCUGCUAUUGGUGGAAAACGGCACCAAAGAAGGUCAUCAAAUGCUCAUGGAGGCCCGAGACACUCUUUUACAAAACAAAGACAAAACCGUCUAUGACACCAGACCAGCUUCGGUGUUUGCACCGUGUCCUCACGAAGCCACGUGUCCCAAACUCAAGUUAGCGUCUGUCACUCCUUGCAACUUCCAGCAGUUGUACAUGCCGCUUUAUGGGCACAACAGUCAGACAGAGAAGUUCAGCUACCUGAUUAUGACCCGAGAGCGGCGGCGCCCCCCAGAGGCUGAUGCGCUGGUGGACUGGUCUAGGCUGAUAGCGCCCCCGCAGCCCAGGACGAGACACGUGCACUGCCACUUGUGUCGCCCCAAUGGUCGCCUGGACCACGUGGUGGUGACCGCCCACAAACACGGACGAGACGUGUAUCGCUGCGCCCGGAGCAGUGAAUGGGGUGACCAACUUCCUCUGGUUCAGGACAACUGACCAAAAUGUUGAAGAGUGAUGAUGAUGCGGAAACAACGACAUGCUAAUAAAAUCCAGCAACA